AUGAAGUUCACCGCAACCCUCCUCCUCUCCCUCCUCCCCGCAGCGUUCGCGGCCCCUGCCAUUACACUCCGGAAGCGUGCCUCACUCUCCGAAGCGGCGACAGUCGGCUACGCAACCCUCAAUGGCGGCACUACCGGCGGCGCGGGCGGGUCCACGACCACCGUUUCCUCGCUCGCCGCGCUCAAGACCGCGGCGGCCAAGAGCGGGGCAUUGAACAUCGUCGUGCAGGGCACUAUCACGGGGGACGACGUGGUGGACGUGGCGGCCGACAAGACUAUCGUGGGCGCGGAUGGCAAGGCCGUGCUUCAGGGUGUGGGACUCCUGAUCAAGGACGUCAAGAACGUCAUCAUCCGCAACUUGGCGGUGAAGGAGGUGCUCGCGAGCACGGGGGAUGCUAUAGGGAUUCAGAAGAGUAAUAAUGUUUGGAUUGAUCAUGUCGACUUGAGCUCUAAUCAGGAUCAUGACAAGGAUUUCUACGACGGUCUCUUGGACGUCACGCACGCAUGCGACUACAUCACUCUUUCAAACAACUACCUUCACAAUCACUGGAAGGCCUCGCUCGUCGGACACUCCGACACCAACGAGUCCGAGGACAAGGGCCACUUGACCGUCACCUACGUUGGCAACUACUUCCACAAUCUCAACUCUCGUGGUCCCUCAUUCCGCUUCGGCACGGGUCAUAUCUUCAACAACUAUUACGAGAACGUCUCCGACGGCAUCAACACUCGCCAGGGUGCCCAGCUACUCGUUGAGAACAAUGUCUUCGUCGGCUCGAAUAAACCCCUUUACUCCACCGAUGCUGGCUACGCUGUUGCCAACGGGAAUGACUUUGGUGGCGGGGAGAAUGCUGCCUCUGCAGGUACGCUUAAUAGCAUGCCGUACAAGUAUAGCCUGGUCGCUGCUGGCAGUGUUAAGAGUUCGGUCGUUGGGACUGCGGGUGCUACUUUGACCUUCUGA